CAUAUAUAAUAGACUGCUUACGACCUUGUACUUGUACUACUUACAACCUGUUGUCACUGCGUUUCGAUCUAAAAUAAAAAGAGGGGAACGGCGCCGGCUUCUGAUUCACAGGGAUUCAAACGUCAUACAAGCCAAGUCACAGCUUUGUUGCCCACGCCAAGUAAGACACGGCCAAGCCAACGAAUUUUAAACUCUGCAUCCCUCGAAACCUAACCACUCAUUACACGUAACCUUGUUUUUUUAUUUCUCCUCCUUUUUUCUUCUUCUUCCUUUUCGCAUCACCUUUCUGCUCCAUAGCCCAUCGGCAAGCAAAUCGACCUCUGCUUCUUUCUCCAUUCUGCAGACAUGGCUCCGACGAUGGACCUCUUCGCUCGAGAUGACGGGUGUGGAUAUGGGUAUUACUUUGAUGGAAUCAUAUGUCGGCGCAAGAGUGGCUGGUACUUUUGGGGCAGAUGGGUGCUCGCGGGCAUCGCCAUCAUUUGCGCUCUGGUUCUCUUGUUCUUCUGCUUGUGCAUCUCCAGACGAAACCGCAGACGUGGCGCCCAGCCCAUGUACGGGACCGGCUGGUUCAGUGGCCCUCCAGCGGCCCCAGCAGGCCGUCCCUCCGGAAGCAACAAGUACAACAGCAACAACAACGCCUAUGAGAUGAACAACUACCAGUCUGGAUACAACCAGGGAGGUUACAGCCAGCAGCAGCCUCCCUAUGGCGAAGGAUACGGAUAUACUAGCCCUCCGCCUUAUGGCCAGGGCCCCGUGCCCAACCAGACAACAGGCACCACCUUCAAUGCCAAUGAUGGAUACAUGACAGGCCAGCCCCAGUACGGUGUUCAGCAGCCUCAGCACGCAUACCAGCCCGAUGGUCAUUACCAGCCUCCCGCGGGACCUCCCCCAGGGAAGUAAAGAGGCGUGAACCAAGCACGGGCGGGAAGUUGACUCUUUCACACAUAAAGAAAAAGGAAACAAAGAAACACAAAGAAGAAAAAAAAGGGAGGGAUACAAAUGGAAUGGAUUAGUCCGGCGUUUCGGUAGGGACUAGGGGAUGGCGGGAGACUGAUAUCCAACUUUGCUUUUCUGUUUUAACGGGAUGAGAGAGGCCAUGAUCCUUGAUGGAAUAGGAUAUGCCUUGACGAAUGCCUUAUGCGACGUGGCGUUGAACUACUAUUUCUUGAUGCGGCUGAAAUGGCUGAGCCAAGACUAGUAUAUGUAUUUUUCUUUCUUUUCUUAUUUUUUUUCGGCCUGGUACAUUUCAUUCACAUCUGAUAGUCAAGUUUUAAUACGAAUGUUCCGCACCACGC